AUCACUGCUUGGGGGAGAGUGAGAGAGAGAGAGACUGCAAGGAGAGUAAGUGAGGGAGCAAAGAAAGGGAAGGAAGCUUGCUUUGUAUUCUGCUGAAGGUGGCAGUCAGAAAUAGAACAUACAGCAAUCACUGUGGUUUGAGUGCUAUUUAGGAGACAAUAUACGCUCACUUUUAUUAACUCUAUUGCUGUGUGAGAGAGAAAUGACAUCUGGCUGCUGGUUCUACAUAUUCUUGAUUUUUGGAACAAAUUUUAUCCAUUGUACUUUGGAAAAUCAGGAUUUUAGACAUGAAAUCAUAUGCCCUCUUGGAUAUUUCCCUUGUGGCAAUAUAACAAAGUGUUUGCCUCAACUUCUUCACUGUAAUGGUGUGGAUGACUGUGGGAACCAGGCUGAUGAAGACAACUGUGGAGACAACAAUGGAUGGUCUCAACAAUUUGAUAAGUAUUUUGCAAAAUACAAUGAAAUGACUUCCUCACAUGCUUUUGGGGUAAAGACAUCAGAGUGCUUGGUUGACUCUGUGCCAGCAGAAUGUCUGUGCCGAGGGCUAGAGCUUGACUGUGAGGGUGCCAAUUUACGCGCUGUCCCUUCAGUCUCUUCAAACGUAACUCUGAUGUCCCUUAAACGGAAUCAGUUACGAAAGCUUUCUGCUGAUAGUUUCAAGAAGUACCAGGAUCUUAAAAACCUGUAUCUUCAGAAUAAUAAAAUCAGAACUGUAUCGGCAUAUGCUUUCAAAGGAUUAUACAACCUGACAAAACUGUAUCUGAGUCACAACAAGAUAACCUUUUUAAAGCCUGGUGUCUUUGAAGAUCUGCAUAAGCUUGAGUGGCUGGUAAUUGAAAAUAACAAGAUCAAUCAGAUCUCUCCACUAACAUUUCAUGGACUCAACUCACUUAUUCUCCUAGUGCUGAUGAAUAAUUCUCUUGCGCGUUUGCCUGAUAAACCUCUUUGCCAACACAUGCCCAGGUUACAUUGGCUGGACUUUGAAGGCAAUCAUAUACAUAAUUUAAGAAAUGUCACUUUCAUCUCCUGCAGCACUCUGACUGUACUGGUGAUGAGAAGAAACAAAAUCAGCUCCUUAAAUGAAAACAGCUUUUCCUCUCUCCAGAAGUUAGAUGAACUAGACUUGGCUAGCAACAAGAUUGAAUCACUUCCUCCAUAUCUAUUUAAGGACCUGAAGGAGCUCUCACAGCUGAACCUUUCAUAUAACCCUAUCCAGGAAAUACAAGCAAACCAGUUUGAUUACCUACUAAAACUCAAAUCCCUCAGCCUGGAGGGUAUUGAAAUUACAAAUAUCCAAAGAAGGAUGUUCAAACCACUUAGAAAUCUCUCCCACAUAUAUUUUAAGAAAUUCCAGUAUUGUGGAUAUGCCCCUCAUGUGCGCAGCUGUAAGCCAAAUACUGAUGGGAUUUCAUCCUUUGAGAAUCUCUUAGCUAGCAUUAUACAGAGAGUGUUUGUCUGGGUUGUUUCUGCUGUCACUUGCUUUGGAAAUAUCUUUGUUAUCUGCAUGCGACCUUACAUCAGAUCUGAGAACAAGCUCCAUGCCAUGUCAAUAAUGUCUCUCUGCUGUGCUGACUGUCUGAUGGGAAUAUAUUUAUUUGUGAUUGGAGCCUUUGAUGUUAAAUAUCGUGGCGAAUACAACAAGCAUGCUCAGUUGUGGAUGGACAGUAUCCACUGCCAAUUGGUGGGAUCAUUGGCUAUUCUGUCCACAGAGGUGUCAGUUUUACUGUUGACUUACAUGACUUUGGAAAAAUAUAUAUGCAUAGUUUACCCUUUUAGGUGUUUGAAGCCAGGAAAAUGCAGGACAAUUUCCAUUUUGAUUCUCAUCUGGGUUAUUGGCUUUGUGGUUGCUUUUAUUCCACUGAGCCACAAGGAAUUUUUCAGAAACUACUAUGGCACCAAUGGGGUCUGUUUUCCUCUUCAUUCAGAACAGGCAGAAAGUACAGGAGGCCAGAUUUAUUCUGUUGUUAUUUUUUUAGGUGUAAACUUGGCAGCUUUUAUCAUCAUUGUGUUUUCCUAUGGAAGUAUGUUUUACAGUGUUCACCAAACAACCAUCACAGCAACUGAAAUCCGGAAUCAUAUUAAAAAAGAGAUGACCCUUGCUAAACGCUUUUUCUUCAUUGUUUUCACUGAUGCGCUAUGCUGGAUUCCCAUCUUUAUUUUGAAAUUGCUUUCUUUACUUCAAGUAGAAAUACCAGGUACUAUAACUUCCUGGGUGGUGAUUUUUAUACUGCCCAUAAAUAGUGCUUUGAAUCCUCUCCUCUACACUCUGACCACACGACCUUUCAAAGAAAUGAUUCAGCAGGCUUGGUAUAAUUACAAACAAGGAAGAUCCAUAGGAAGCAAAAGCAAUCAGAAAACAUAUGGCCCAUCAUUUAUCUGGGUAGAGAUGUGGCCAAUGCAAGAGAUUACACCAGAGUUAACAAAGCCUGCUAUUUAUACAGACUCCUCUGAAACAUCAGCAACCACACAUUCCACAAGACUGAAUUCAUACAGAUAA